AAUGGUUUGUUGGUUGAAAAGAUCUUCCUUAAAUGACAGACACAUCUUUCUUCGAAAAACUACGCUACAAACUCUCUUAAUUUUCCAUUUUAAAAUACGCAACAACUUAAUUACAAAUUCUAUCGACAAUUUUACUGCCACCUUCAUUAUUGUCUAUUGCACUUUCGCUACGCUUGCACUCUUUUAAAGCAACAAGAAGAAACUAAUCUAGUAAAUAUUGAAACGCAAAAGCAAAAAAAUUCUCUUUUGGUAAAAAAUUCUGCAAAAUCUGACAUCGUAUGUAUCAUUACCACAACAUUCCUAUGGAAAGGCACAAUAUGAAAGUUUAUAUCCUCUUGAAUUUCAAUUAAAACAAAUCAGAAUCCUGUUUGCUUUCGUUACGAACAGUCCGUGAAAGUUGUUAAACCAAAGUCAAAACCAGACAGACACAAACACAGACAGAUAGUGAAUACAUACAACAAGGAUUAAGUGAAUAACUAAAACAACAAACUAAAUAAAAAGUAAAAUGCAAUAGAUUGCAAAAAGAUAAAAAUAAAAAAAAACUAUAAACAAAAAGGAUUUUAUAGUGAAUUUAGAAAAGCAGAAAUUGAAACCACUACAACAACAUCUUUAGCAAUAUCAUCAUAAUUAAACUUGUGUCUAGUUUGUUGUUGUAGUAAAGAACUAGUAAAAGUGGUGUUGGGAGUACGAAGUGUAGGAGUGAGAGUGACUGACUGGCUGGCUGACUGACGGAUAAAAGUGAGACUUUUUCGGCUCACCACCCCAAAAACAAACAACAACAAACAAUAAUGUGUUAGUUUAAGUAUUCUAAAGAAAAACUUUUGAAGCUAAAUUUUUACUAAAUAUAACCUAAGUCAUCUUAGGUAAUUAUCUAAAAAAACACAAAAAACAUCUAAAAAAUAACAACAAAGUUAAAACUCAAAAAAAGCAACGCGUGCCACAACUAUGGCACAAAAUCGAGCGCACAAAAAGCGCUCAAAGCUUAAAAGCUUUAAGGAAAUUAAAAAUAGUAUUAACGACAGUAGCAUUAGCAACGAUAACAAUACAGAAAUGCUACCAACACAACGGUUAGCGGUAACGGUUAAACGCGGCUUAACAAAAGUUUUUACCUCGUCGCCCUCUCUAUUUUGUACAACGUCGUUAUUGUCGUCGUCUUUGUCGUCGUGUUUACCUUCGUCAGCGUCGUCUUUGGGUCGUUUACUUCUGACCUCUGCAUUUAUUUUAUUAAUUAUAAAUAGUCAAUUUGAACAAGUUUUUACUCAAGAGAUCUCCAAAUCACAACUAUCAACAUUACAUGCCACACAACCACAGCAACAGCAUCAUAAUGGUUUAACAGCAGCCAAUGCGGCCCGCAUGUUGGCCGGCAGUGGUGGCAAUAGUAAUAAUGACAUGUCUUUAGUGUUACCCCAUGAUACGUAUCCUGGUUUUAGUAUAAAACGUUUCAAAACUAAACCUGUAGCAAAUCUUAAUACAUCCUCUGAAAGUGGUUUUCCUUUAUCAUCGUCUCACUCAAUGGCCUAUCAACAGCAUGGUUCAUAUCAUAUGUUAGAUAAUGAAUAUGCCAAGUAUUUUACAGUUUUGGAAGAUGGUGUGGUAAUGACUACCUCUGAUAUUUCACCUCUAGUCAAUCGUCCGGUAAAUUUAGUAGUAGUCGAAGAAACUCCCAAUUCUACACAAACUCACAAUAUCCAAUUGUAUGUUAUGCAUCGUAAUGAUAUGUUAAGAUUUCCCGGUUCCAUGUUAGAUGCCUCGGGAGAGGUUAAGGAAAAUAAACCGGCUGGCACUAGAGUAAGAGGUGUGCCUUUAAUGCAGGCCUUUAGCAAUGGCGAAUUAACCACGGAGCCCAAAAAGGUAAAAUAUUCCAUAAUAGGAGGCAAUGAAGAUGGAGCAUUUGCUCUGCAAAGUCGUCAUGCCAAACAGGCAGAUGAGAGAUCUACUAGUCUUAUUAUUGAUGGUGAUGAUGAAAGUGGUGUUUGGUUGGUAACCAACCGUCCUUUGGAUCGUGAACAAACUGCACAUUAUGAUUUAUCGGUGCAGGCUUCCGAUCUGGAAGAUGUAGACAAGACAGUUUCCAAAAUACAAAUUACAGUUUUAGAUGAAAACGAUAAUAGACCCAUAUUUAAGGCUCAUGAUUAUAAAUUUGUCAUAGCUGGGCAAAAGUCACCCGAGUUGGAUACAAACAGUUCUACCACCUGGAAAAGAUUUAGUAUUGUGGGUAAGGUGGAGGCCACUGAUGCUGAUGGUGAUAAAAUUGCCUACCGUUUAAAACAACCCAGUAAUACUGUUAUUAUAGUACCACAAACUGGUGAAAUUAUGUUAGUGGGUCAACCACCCUCAACCGAACUUUUAUUAGAUGUAGAGGCUCAUGAUUUACGUUAUCCCAGUUUAGUUAGUUCUCAGCCUGCUAAAGUUUUAAUUGAAUUUUUGGCUCCAGAACCGGUUUCCUUUAUAAUGCAACACCUUGAACAUGAUGCAGUCAAUGCACAUUCGCAUCAUCGCGAAAAAAGACGUGUUACGCGUGCCGUACGCCCCACCAAACGUAUCGAGUUUACCGAAGCUGAUGGUGAUACCGAAGGUAAAUCGGUAUUUCAAUUGGAAAAGGAAACUGAUAAGGAAACAUUUAAGAUACGUGAUGAAAAUCCCUGGGUAACGGUGGAAACAAAUGGUGCUGUGCGUGUUAAAAAGAAGUGGGACUAUGAAGAAUUGGGCCCCGAAAAGACUAUUGAUUUCUGGGUGAUUAUCACAAAUACGGGUCAUAAUGCUGGUCUGAAAUACACCGAUAAUCAAAGAGUCAUUAUACAUGUCAAAGAUGUCAACGAUGAACCACCCUAUUUCAUUAAUCGCCCACUACCCAUGCAAGCUGUCGUCCAACUUAAUGCCCCACCAAAUACACCCGUCUUUACACUACAGGCACGUGAUCCUGACACCGAUCAUAAUAUCCAUUAUUUCAUUGUACGUGAUCGUACCGGAGGACGUUUUGAAGUGGAUGAACGUUCGGGUGUGGUACGAACACGUGGCACAGAUCUUUUUCAACUCGAUAUGGAAUAUGUUUUAUACGUUAAGGCUGAGGAUCAAAAUGGUAAGGUAGAUGAUAGACGUUUCCAAAGUACACCCGAAGAACGUUUGAGUAUUGUGGGUGGUAAGAGAGCUCCUCAAUUCUAUAUGCCCAGUUAUGAAGCUGAAAUACCAGAAAAUCAGAAAAAGGAUUCAGACAUCAUUUCCGUUAAGGCAAAAUCUUUUGCAGACCGCGAAAUCCGUUAUACACUUAAAGCUCAAAGCCAGGGUGCGGGCACGUUUAAUAUUGGCCCCUCUUCGGGCAUUGUUAAGCUGGCCAAAGAAUUGGAUUUUGAAGAUUUACGACAACCCCAUGUCUACUCCUUGAUUGUUACAGCCACUGAAGAUUCUGGUGGUUUUUCAACAUCCGUUGAGUUAACCAUACGUGUCACUGAUGUCAAUGACAAUGCACCCAAAUUUGAAUUGCCUGAUUAUCAAGCGCACAAUGUCGAUGAAGACAUACCCUUGGGCACCAGUAUACUACGUGUCAAAGCGAUGGAUUCCGAUUCAGGUGCCAAUGCAGAAAUUGAAUAUUUAGUAUCCGAUGAUCAUUUUGCUGUCGAUUCGAACGGCAUUAUUGUGAACAAUAAACAAUUAGAUGCCGAUAAUAAUAAUGCCUACUAUGAGUUCAUUGUUACGGCCAAAGACAAAGGUGAACCCUCGAAAUCAGGUGUGGCCACAGUACGUGUCUAUACCAAGAAUAAAAACGAUGAAGAACCCAAAUUCUCACAACAAGUCUAUACGCCGAAUGUAGAUGAAAAUGCCGGUCCCAAUACUUUGGUUACUACCGUAGUGGCCUCCGACAAAGAUGGUGAUAAUGUAAGAUUUGGUUUUGUGGGUGGUGGCACCUCAUCCGGUCAGUUUGUGAUUGAAGAUAUAACGGGUGUAAUACGUUUACAUAAUAAGGCCAUAACAUUAGAUCGCGAUAAGUACGAAUUGAAUGUAACGGCAAUGGACGAUGGUUCAUGCUGUGUGAAUGGUGACCAAACGAUACAUACAUCGACAGCAGUCGUGGUUGUUUUCAUUACGGAUGUCAAUGACAAUAAGCCGGUAUUUAAGGAUUGUGGUACUUACUAUCCCAAAGUGGAAGAGGGCGCACCAAAUGGCAGUCCCGUUAUAAAGGUGGUGGCAACCGAUGAAGAUAAAGGUGUUAAUGGUCAGGUAAAAUACUCCAUUGUUCAGCAGCCCAAUCAAAAGGGUACCAAAUUUACAGUGGACGAAGAAACCGGUGAAGUAUCCACCAAUAAGGUAUUCGAUCGUGAAGGUGAUGAUGGUAAAUUUGUAUCGGUCACAGUUAAGGCCACCGAUCAGGGUGAACCCAGUUUAGAAGGUGUUUGCUCAUUUACAGUGGAAAUUACAGAUGUUAAUGACAAUCCGCCCUUAUUUGAUCGUCAGAAAUAUGUGGAAAAUGUCAAACAAGAUGCUAGUAUUGGUACAAAUAUUUUACGCGUUUCUGCCUCUGAUGAGGAUGCCGAUAAUAACGGUGCCAUUGUCUAUAGUUUAAGUGCUCCCUUUAAUCCUAAUGAUUUGGAAUAUUUUGAUAUACAAGCUGAAUCCGGUUGGAUUGUUUUAAAGAAACCACUUGACGUAAGUUAUUGUUUACAAUUUUUUUAAUAGAUUUUUUUAUGU